AAAAAAUAAAAUAAAAUUGGGUACAUUACCCCGUUCUCAGUGCUUCUCUGCUCGAAGCCCCGAAACCCUCGAGUCUGUAACAUUUUUGCGAGGACGACGGCCGCACAGAAUCAUGGUUCACGUCUCUUUCUACCGCAACUAUGGCAAGACCUUUAAGAAGCCCCGCCGCCCUUAUGAGAAAGAGCGGUUAGAUGCAGAGCUGAAGCUCGUUGGUGAAUACGGUCUUAGGUGCAAGAGGGAGCUGUGGAGGGUUCAGUAUGCCCUUAGCCGAAUCCGUAAUAAUGCUAGAAACCUGUUGACCCUUGAUGAGAAGGAUCCACGUCGUAUUUUUGAGGGUGAGGCGCUCUUGAGGAGAAUGAACAGAUAUGGGCUGCUUGAUGAGAGCCAGAACAAGCUCGAUUAUGUCUUGGCCCUCACUGUCGAGAACUUCCUUGAGCGCCGCUUGCAAACUCUCGUGUUUAAGGCUGGCAUGGCUAAGGUUGGAAGGCAAGUUGUGAAUGUGCCCUCGUUCAUGGUGAGGGUGGACUCGCAGAAGCACAUUGAUUUCUCUCUGACUAGCCCGUUUGGCGGUGGCCGAGCUGGUAGGGUUAAGAGAAAGAAUAUUAAGGCGGCUGCCAAGAAAGCUUCUGGAGGUGAUGGAGACGAGGAUGAAGAGGAGUGAACCGUUGUACGUUUUUCUUUUAAUUUGUUAUGCACAAUAUUAUGCUAUGACGUGUUGCAGUUGUUGCUGGAUAUUUCACAGUUUUACUGUGAUUUAAGCUUUUGGCUUGGUCUAUUGAUGCUAAUAUCUCUAUUUUCUUUUCCCUUUGUCCUCAUUUGUGGCCAUGUUGGAUCUGUUAUAUGUAAACCCAUCUUAAGUUUGAUAUCUGACACCUCCUUCCUAAAAAUGCAAGUCCGGUAUGUGUUGAUUUUAGUUUAAAUUC